GAAAGACGGGCAGAAGAAAGCGGCAGCAUCCCGGCCCCCCAGUGCCUGCAGCUCCUCCAUCUGCACAGCGGAGCUGGACGGACCAGCCACAAUGUGGAGAGCACCGCUACUUCAGCUCUUUCUCGCCUUCGUGUGCUGUGUUGGAUGGAGCCGUUCUGAAGGAUGUGAGUUGGGGCAGUUCCGCUGUGCGACAGGUCGAUGUAUACCAGGCAACUGGCACUGCGAUGGCACGUCCGACUGUGUGGACGACUCUGAUGAACACGACUGCCCUCAGGUAACAUGUGAUCACAGCCACUUUGAAUGUUUGAGUGACGGCGAGUGUAUUCCCGUUGUGUGGGUGUGUGAUGACGAGGAGGACUGUGAGGAUGGCUCAGACGAGAGGCACCACUGCACUGGAAGGACGUGCACCAGUGGGCAGUUCAGCUGUAGUAACGGGGCGUGCGUCCCUGGAGAAUACUGGUGUGACCGUCUGGCAGACUGCUCGGACGGCUCCGAUGAGAGAGACUGCCAUUACCCCGAGUGUACACAGCUGAGGUGUGCCAAUGGGGCCUGCUACAACCGGACCCAGAAAUGUGACCAGAUACUGGACUGCCGCGAUGGCUCUGAUGAGGCAAAUUGCACACAGCGCUGCAACACGGGUCUGUUCGCUUGUCACAACGGGCUGUGUAUUCCUCAACGCUACGUCUGUGACCAUGACGAUGACUGCGGGGACCGAAGCGAUGAGCUGAACUGCACAUAUCCCACAUGUAGAGGGAACUACUUUACCUGCCCUACUGGCCGCUGUAUACACCAAAUCUGGGUUUGCGAUGGAGAGGAUGACUGUGAGGACAAUGCAGAUGAAAAAGGCUGCGAUAAUGUACCGCGGGAGUGUUACCCAGGUGAAUGGCCCUGUCCGUCCUCCGGCCUGUGCAUACCCAUCGAUCAGUUGUGUGACGGAACGGCUCACUGCUCCGAGGGAGAGGACGAAAGUAACACCACUGUCGGCCGCAACUGUGGUAUCUGGAGAUGUGCCUCUCUGAGCUGUGAGCAUCGCUGCCAUGCUUCCCCUGAUGGAGGGACCUGCUCUUGUCCUCCUGGAUUCAUUGUGAGCAGCAACGACAGUCGCUCAUGUAUAGACUUUGACGACUGUUCGAUGUGGGGCGUGUGUGACCAGCUGUGUGAGGAUCGCACGGGCUCCCACCGCUGCAGCUGUCGAGAGGGCUACACCCUGGAGCAGCACAGGCACUGCCGGGCCGACGUCUCGACUGGAGUCCCUUCCUUGCUAUUUUCCAAUGGCCGAGACCUGCUGAUAGGUGACAUUCAUGGCAACAGUCAGCGCACCUUGGUUCCUUCACAGAACAGAGGGAUUGCAGUGGGGGUGGACUUCCAUUAUAAUCUAAAUAGGAUAUUCUGGACUGAUACCAUUCAGAAUAAGGUGUUUUCUGUGGACAUGGACGGUUCCAAUAUGCAGGUGGUUUUAAACGUCUCAGUUGACUACCCUGAGAAUUUGGCGGUGGAUUGGGUGAACAAUAAACUGUAUGUGGUGGAGACCAGCGUCAACAGGAUCGACUUGGUUGACUUUGAUGGAAGUAACCGGGUCACACUCAUCACCGAAAACCUCGGAAACCCUAGAGGACUGGCGCUGGACCCCACCGUCGGGUAUAUGUUCUUCUCAGAUUGGGAGGCAUUGAACGGACAACCAGGACUGGAGCGCGCCUUUAUGGACGGCAGCAACCGUUACGGGAUCAUUGGGACUAAACUGGGUUGGCCAGCUGGAAUCACACUAGACAUUGAAGCCAAGCGCAUCUAUUGGGUUGACAGUCGCUAUGACUACAUUGAAACUGCAACAUAUGAUGGUCUUCACAGAAAAACAGUGGUCCACGGAGGUGCUGUGAUCCCACACCCAUUUGGCAUCAGUCUGUUUGAGCACAACGUCUAUUUCACGGACUGGACCAAGAUGGCCGUGAUGAAAGCCAACAAGUUCACUGACAGCAGUCCUCAAGUUGUGUACAGCACCUCGCAGGCUCCACAUGGAGUUGCAGUGAUACAUCAGUUGAAACAGCCUAAUGUUCCAAACCCUUGUAGUGUAGACACAGGGGGAUGUGAGCAGAUCUGUGUUCUGAGUCACAGGAGUGACAACGGAGGACUGGGGUACCGCUGCAAAUGUCGCAUGGGCUACGACCUGCAUGCUGAUGGCAAGAGAUGUUUCGCUGUGAGGCAGUUCCUGCUGUUCUCCAGCCAGCUGGCCGUGAGAGGGAUCCCCUUUAACCUGUCAUCUCAGGAGGACAUCAUGCUACCCGUUACCGGAUCCCCUUCCUACUUUGUCGGGGUGGAUUAUAGUGCUGAAGAAGAUGCCAUCUUCUUCUCUGACACAGCCAAAGAUAUUAUAUACAAACAAAAAGUGGAUGGGACUGGCAGGGAGGUGCUGGCAGCCAACAGAGUGGACGGAGUGGAGGACCUGGCUUACGACUGGAUUUCCCAAAACCUCUACUGGACUGAUCCGCGAUACAGGAGCAUAUCUGUAAUGAAGCUCGCUGAUAAGUCCAGGAGAGCCAUCGUACAAAACCUCAACAAUCCCCGGGCCAUCGUGGUGCACCCUCCCAUUGGGUAUAUUUUUUGGACUGACUGGUACCGGCCGGCGAAGAUUAUGAGGGCUUGGGGUGACGGGUCACAUGCUCUGUCUAUUGUAAACACUACUCUUGGCUGGCCAAAUGGCCUCGCUAUUGACUGGAGCUCAAUGCGUCUGUAUUGGGUGGAUGCCUUCUUCGACAAAAUUGAGCACAGCAAUUUCGAUGGACGGAACCGGCUUUCUUUGGGUCGCAUAACCCAAAUCUCCCACCCGUUUGGUCUUACCAUUUUCGAAGGCUAUGCAUAUUUCACCGACUGGCGCCUGGGUGGCAUUGUGCGUGUGCGCAAGACGGACGGCGGGGAAAUGGUCAUUAUCAGAAGAGGAAUCAGCCACAUCAUGCAUGUCAAGUCUUUCGAUUCCAACUCUCAGAUCGGUUCCAACCUCUGCAGGAGGCAGACGAAUCCCAAUGGCGACUGCAGCCACUUCUGCUUCCCGGCCCCGGACUCACAGAGGGUGUGUGGCUGUCCGUACGGCAUGAAGCUGUUGCCCAACCAGCAGACGUGCGUGGAAGACUCGUCCAACGAGCCCCCGACACUGCAGUGCGGAGCCAAUUCCUUCUCCUGCGGCAACAGCAAAUGCGUCCCAAGCAGCUACAGAUGCGACGGUGUUGACGACUGCCAUGACAACAGUGACGAAGUCGACUGUGGAAUUAACAACACAACUUGCUCCCCCUCUGCAUUUACGUGUGCCAACAAGCACUGCGUGCCUACAGGGUGGCGCUGCGACGGGCAAAACGACUGUUUCGAUAACAGCGAUGAGCACAACUGCCCUACAGCGAUUCCCGGAACGUGCCCUGCCAAUCAGUUUACUUGUGCCAACCACCGCUGCAUCCCACAAACCUGGCGUUGCGACACCGAUAAUGACUGCGGGGACAGUUCAGAUGAAGCGGACUGCCAUCUGAGAGGCACAUGCAAUCCGGGACAGUUUCAGUGUCCUGACCACCGUUGUAUAGAUCCCAACUAUGUCUGUGACGGGGACAGGGACUGUGUGGACGGGGCGGACGAGCAGGGAUGCAUUUACAACUGCACCGGGAAUGAAUUCAAGUGCUCCAGCGGUCACCAGUGUAUCAACUCCUACUACCGCUGUGACGGAGUCUUUGAUUGCAGUGAUCGCUCAGACGAGCAGCGCUGUCCUACAAGGCCCCCUGGGAUGUGCCACCAUGAAAGCGAGUUCCAGUGUCAGUCAGACGGGAGCUGUGUACCGUCCACCUGGGAGUGUGACGGUCACCCGGACUGCGAGGACGGCAGCGACGAACACCACGCCUGUCCGCCUCGCACCUGUCCCUCCUCGCUCUUCCGCUGUGACAAUGGGAACUGUGUGCUGCGCAGCUGGCUUUGUGAUGGGGACAACGACUGCAGGGACGGGAGCGAUGAAAGGGACUGUCCCACGCCGCCGUUUCGAUGCCCGAGCAUGCAGUGGCAGUGUCCGGGCCACAGCCUGUGCAUCAAUCUCACCACAGUUUGUGACAACACUCCUGACUGCCCCAAUGGUGCCGACGAGUCUCCUCUCUGCAACGAGCCUUUGCCAGAUCAGGAAAGCUGCUCUGACAACAACGCUGGCUGCACCCACGUUUGUAUCCAAGGGCCGUUUGGGGCCCAGUGCUCCUGCCCCGUGGGUUAUCAACUGAGCAAUGACUCCAAAACCUGUGAGGAUGUAGAUGAGUGUUUUUCCCCGGGACUGUGCAGCCAGCACUGCUUCAAUGAGAGGGGAUCUUUCCGUUGCCACUGCCAGGAGGGUUAUGCCCUCGAAGCCAACCAGCGUACCUGCAAGGUCUCAGAUUCUCGUCAGGCGUUCUUGUUGGUCGCCAGCCGAAAUCAGAUCGUGCAAGAUGACAUAACCGCUCAGCCCAACGUGGUCCGCUCACUGGUUCGGGACGGCCGCAACAUUGUGGCCCUGGAUUUUGACUCAGCCACUGACCGCGUGUACUGGUCCGACACGAGCCAGGACCGAAUCUGGAGUGCGAACAAAAAUGGCAGCGAUAGAACUGUGGUAUUUGACAGUGGAGUGACUGUAACAGAGAGCCUCGCUGUGGACUGGGUGGGCAGGAACCUCUACUGGACUGACUACGUCUUGGAGACUAUUGAAGUGUCUAAACUGCAGGGAACCCACCGCACUGUUUUAGUCAGUGAAAAUGUCACCAACCCCCGAGGCCUGGUGCUUGACCCGAGGGACGGUGCCCACCUGAUGUUCUGGACCGACUGGGGGAGGAACCCCCGCAUUGAGAGGGCCAGCAUGGAUGGGAAAUUAAGGACUGUUAUUAUAAACGCCAAGCUGUACUGGCCCAACGGUCUAACCAUAGACUACCCGAACAAUAUGCUCUACUUCGCUGAUGCCUACUUGGAUUUCAUUGACUUCUGCGACUACGACGGCAACAACAGGAAGCAAGUCGUGGCCAGUGACCUGGUACUGCAACAUCCCCACGCAAUUACCAUUUUUGAGGAUUUUGUGUAUUGGACCGACAGAUACAUCAACCGCGUGAUGCGAGCCCAUAAGUGGCACGGGGAGAACCAGACAGUGAUGCUUUUCAACCUCCCUCAGCCCAUGGGUCUGGUGGCAGUACACCCGGCCAGGCAGCCUGCGGGUGAAAAUCACUGCUUGAGGAGUCCCUGUACUCAUAUCUGUCUGCUUUCUGCUGUGGGACCAAGUUACUACUCAUGUGCCUGCCCCUCAGGCUGGACUCUGGCAGUGGACCAAAUCACCUGCACCAGAGUUGAGGAUCCUUUCCUGGUGGUUGUGAGAGACAGCAUCAUCUAUGGCAUUUCCUUAAACCCAGAUGAGAAGAGUAACGAUGCCAUGGUCCCGAUUGCUGGGCUCCAUAAUGGCUACGAUGUUGACUUUGACGACAAUGAACAGACCCUCUACUGGGUGGAGCACCCGGGUGAGAUCCACAGGGUGAAGUCAGAUGGAACUAACAGGACAGAGUUUGCCCCCGCUGCCAUCCUUGGCUCCCCUGUCGGCCUGGCCUUGGACUGGAUGACAGAGAACCUGUACUACACUAAUCCAGCUACACAGUCGAUAGAGGUUUUGAAGUUGAGAGGGGAGGCGCAGUACAGGAAAACUCUCAUCACUAACAACGGCUCUCCAACUGGUGCUGGCAGUCCCGUUGGCAUCGCAGUGGACCCAGCACGUGGCAAACUGUACUGGACAGACCAGGGAACAGAGAGCGGCAUCCCUGCCAAGGUGGCGUCUGCAGACAUGGAUGGCUUGAACCCUGUCACCUUGUUCACCAACAACCUCGAUCACAUUGAGUUUAUCACCGUGGACAUCCAAGAGAACAAGCUGUACUGGGCUGUCACAAGCACGGGCAUGAUUGAGCGUGGGGAUACGGAUGGGAGUAACCGCAUCACCAUAGUGACGGGCCUGUCUCACCCCUGGGGUGUUGCCGUCCAUCAAAAUUACCUCUACUUCACCGACCGCAAUUUUGAGGUCAUAGAGCGCGUGGACAAGUCCACGGGUGCCAACAGGGUUGUGCUGCGAGACAACGUUUCUGGACUCAGAGUUUUGAAAGUGCAUUACCGAGAGACCUCUGCAGGCACAUCCAAUGGCUGCACAAACAAUGUAGGAGCGUGUGAACAACUCUGCCUCCCUCGGACGCAGGGCCUGUUUACCUGCGCGUGUGCCACGGGAUUCAAACUUAAUGCUGACAACAGGACCUGCGCUCCUUACCAGUCCUAUGUCGUCAUCUCCACUCUGUCUGCCAUCAAAGGCUUCAGUCUGGAAGGGACAGACCACUCUGAAGCCAUGGUGCCUGUGGCUGGGAGAGGCCGUAAUGCUUUGCACGUUGAUGUGCACAUGGCUUCUGGUUUCAUCUACUGGUGUGACUUCAGCAGCACUGUGGCGGCACAAAACGGCGUCAGGCGGAUCAAGCCAGAUGGCUCGGGAUUACAUAGCGUAGUAACAUCUGGAAUAGGACGCAACGGGAUCCGAGGCAUUGCCGUGGACUGGGCUGCAGGCAAUCUGUAUUUCACCAACGCCUUCCUGACUGAGACGUACGUGGAGGUGCUCCGCCUGAACACCACUUUCCGCAGAGUACUGCUGAAGACCCAGGUGGACAUGCCGCGCCACAUCGUGGUCGACCCCAGAAACCGAUACCUCUUCUGGGCCGAUUAUGGCCAGAACCCCAAAAUUGAACGAGCACUCUUGGACGGCACCAACCGCACAAUUUUAGUGUCAUCGGGGAUCAUCACUCCCAGAGGUCUCGCUCUGGACUGGCAGACUGGCUACGUCUACUGGGUAGACGACUCCCUGGACAUGAUUGCCCGGGUCAACCCUCAAGGAGGCGAGACAGAGAUCAUCCGGUUUGGCAGUCGCUACCCAACUCCUUAUGGAAUCGCAGUGUUCGAGAGCAGCAUCAUCUGGGUGGACCGAAACCUCAAGAAGGUGUUCCAAGCGAGCAAACAGCCCGGCAGCGCAGAGCCGCCUGCCGUCAUCAGAGACAACGUCAACAUGCUGAGGGACGUGACGGUCUAUGACCGGCGCGCCCAGCCCACCUCCUCCCAGGAGCUUAACCACAACCCCUGCACGGAGGUCAACGGAGGCUGCGCCCACUUCUGUUUCGCCCAGCCAGAUGGCGGGAAUAAAAAAUGCAGCUGCGCUUUUGGUAACCUCGGAGCAGAUGGCGAGAGCUGCGUGGUGUCGAGGGACGAUUAUCUCAUCUACACAACGGAGAGCACCGUGCGCAGUCUGCGCCUGGACCCCGAGGACCACGCGCUGCCCUUCCCGGUAGUCAACGUGCCACGUACAUCAGUGGCACUGGAUUUUGACCUGACGGACCGGAGGAUCUACUUCACGCAGAGCACAGCCGCAGGAGCAAGCAAGAUCAGCUACAUCAGCCUGUCCUCUCCCACCUCGGAUCCUAUCGUGGUGGCUUCCGAUCUUGGGGCUCCUGAUGGCAUCGCUUAUGACUGGAUAAACAGAAGAAUUUACUACAGUGACUAUGUCAACCAGAGCAUCAGCUCCAUGUCUGUGGACGGCUCUCAAAGAACUAUUAUUGCCCACGUGUCCAGGCCGAGAGCCAUCAUGUUGGAUCCCUGCAGGGGAUAUAUGUACUGGACAGACUGGGGAACUCAUGCAAAGAUUGAGCGUGCUACUUUAGGUGGAAACUUCAGAACAGAGAUUGUGAACAGCAGUCUGGUGUGGCCCAACGGGCUGACCCUGGACUAUGAAGAGGAGAAACUCUACUGGGCCGACGCCAGCUUACAGAAGAUUGAGCGGUCCUCUCUCACGGGGUCCAAUAGGGAGGUCAUCGUCAGCACAGCCAUCUACCCCUUUGCCAUGGCUAUGUUUGGCCAGUUCAUCUACUGGACCGACUGGAACACGCGCAGCAUCUAUCGGGCCAACAAGCAUGACGGUUCUGACCAGAGGGUCAUGAUUCAAAACCUUCCGUCUCGGCCUAUGGACGUCCAUGUUCUGGCCAGCAGGAAACAGCAGCAGUGCGAUAGUCCGUGCCAGCAGUUUAACGGAGGCUGCAGCCACAUCUGCACGCCGGGACCCAACGGAGCGGAGUGCCAGUGUCCCUCGGAGGGCCGCUGGUACCUAUCUGAAAACAAGCACUGUAUAGCUGAUAACGGGACCCGCUGCCAGCCGGGCCAGUUCACCUGCAUGAACGGCCGCUGCAUUCGUACCCAGUGGAAAUGUGACAAUGACAAUGACUGUGGAGAUGGCAGCGACGAGUCGGAGAGAGUCUGUGUCCCACAGCUGCUGUCAUCCUUUAUUGCCUUGUCAGCCUUCCACACCUGUGAGCCGACAGUGUUUACUUGUGGCAAUGGGCGAUGUGUGCCUUACCACUAUCGCUGUGACCACUAUGACAACUGUGGAGACGGCAGUGAUGAGUUGGGCUGUUUAUUCAGACCGUGCGACCCAAACACAGAGUUCACCUGCAGCAAUGGCCGCUGCAUUGCUAAGGACUUUGUAUGCAACGGCGUCAAUAACUGCUAUGACAACAGCACCUCUGAUGAACAAAACUGCCCGGAGAGAACCUGCCAGCCAGAACACACAAAAUGUCAGUCUACCAACAUCUGCAUCCCACGUUCAUACCUGUGUGACGGAGACAACGACUGCGGGGACAUGAGCGAUGAGAGCCCGACACACUGUGCGACGUCCACAUGUUCCCAGACCGAGUUCCGCUGCUCUAGCGGCCGCUGCAUCCCCGCCCACUGGUACUGUGAUGGAGGGGCCGACUGCGCUGACGGCUCGGAUGAACCCCUCUCCUGCACCACGCCGGUCAGAACCUGCACCACAGAUCAGUUUCGCUGUGAUGAUGGCAGGUGCAUUGCCUCAUCCUGGAUCUGCGAUGGGGACAAUGACUGUGGCGACAUGAGUGAUGAAGACCAGAGGCAUGAGUGUGGCAAUCGCACAUGUUCAACUGCAGAGUUCACUUGUGUCAACAACCAACCACCUCAGCGGAAAUGUAUCCCACGCGACUGGGUGUGUGACGGAGACGCAGACUGUGCAGAUGCAUUAGACGAACAUCAAAACUGUUCACGCAGAUCCUGUGGCAUCAACGAGUUCAGCUGUAACAAUGGCCUCUGCAUCCGCAACUCCUACAGGUGUGACCGCCGCAACGACUGCGGGGACAGCAGCGACGAGCAGAGCUGCACCUACCAGCCGUGUCAGCAACACCAGUUCACCUGUCAGAACGGCCGCUGUGUGUCUCACGACUUCGUCUGCGACGGCGACAACGACUGCGGGGACGAGUCCGAUGAGCUGGAGCACACGUGCCACACGCCGGCGCCCACGUGCCCCCCCGGAGAGUUCAGGUGUGACAACGGCCACUGUGUCCCCCUGAGGCAGGUGUGCGACAGGAGCGACGACUGCUCCGACAACAGCGACGAGAAGGGAUGCGGUGUCAACGAAUGCACGGAACCAGCCGUCCAUCACUGUGACCACAAUUGCACCGACACGCCCACCAGCUUCAUCUGCACCUGUCGCCCCGGCCACCGCCUCAUGUCCGACCACGUCACGUGCGACGACAUCGACGAGUGCGCAGAGACGCCGAGCGUGUGCAGCCAGGUCUGCGAGAACACCGUCGGCUCCUACGUCUGUAAGUGUGCCCCGGGAUUCCUCCGGGAGCCCGACGGCCACAGCUGCCGCCAGAACAGUGACAUCUCCCCCUACCUGAUCUUCAGCAACCGCUAUUACCUCAGGAACCUGUCGACGGACGGACAGGCCUACUCUCUGAUCCUGCAGGGCCUGACCAGCGUGGUGGCCAUGGACUUUGAUCGAGUCGACAGGCGUCUUUAUUGGAUCGACGUGAGCCGCAGAGUGAUCGAGAGGAUGUCGUACACGGGCGCUAACAGAGAGGUGGUGGUGAAUGGAGUUCUGCACGGGGAGGGCCUCGCGGUUGACUGGAUAGCCAGAAAACUCUACUGGGUGGACAGCUUCUUGGAUUGUCUCCAGGUGUCUGAGCUGGACGGUCGAUUCGUGAAGAAACUUGCCGAGCACUGCGUGGAUGCCAACAACACCUUCUGCUUUGAAAACCCCAGAGCCAUUGUGUUGCAUCCCAAAUACGGGUUCGUAUACUGGACGGACUGGGGAGACAGAGCCUUCAUCGGCCGUGUCGGGAUGGAUGGAACCAACAAAGCAGCCAUCAUCACCACCAAGAUAGAGUGGCCAAACGGGAUUACCAUUGACUACACCAAUGACAAGCUCUACUGGUCCGAUGCUCACCUCCGUUACAUAGAGUACUCAGACUUGGACGGGCACCACAGACACACGGUGUAUGACGGAGUUUUGUCUCACCCGUUUGCCUUGACCGUGUUCGAGGACUUUGUGUACUGGACUGACUGGAACACGCGCUCAGUGGAGAAAGGAAACAAGUACGACGGCUCUGGGCGCCAGGCCCUGGUUAACACCACCCACCGACCAUUCGACAUCCACGUGUGUCAUCCCUACCGGCAGCCCAUCGUAAACAAUCCCUGUGCUGAGAACAAUGGAGGCUGCUCUCACCUGUGCCUGAUCCGUCAUGCGGGGCGGAACCACACCUGUGAGUGCCCGGACCAUUUCCUGACUGUGCAGAUCGGAGGUGUGACCCGAUGCCUUCCCAUGUGUAGCAGCACCCAGUACAGAUGUGCUAACAACGAACGAUGCAUCCCUAUCUGGUGGAAAUGCGACGGUCAGAGCGACUGCAGAGACGGCUCAGACGAGCCCGCCACUUGCCCGGCUCGUCAGUGCAGGCUCGGCCAGUUCCAGUGCAACGAUGGAAACUGCACCAGUCCACACUUUCUGUGCAACAGCAACCAGGACUGCCACGACGGCUCUGACGAAGACCCUGUGCUGUGUGCCACACACCAGUGUGAAGCCCACCAGUGGCAGUGUGCAAAUAAACGGUGUGUACCUGAGUCAUGGCAGUGUGACGGCGAGGACGACUGCGGGGAUCAGUCCGACGAGGACCCCGCCCACUGCUCCGCCAGAACUUGCCGCCCGGGGCAAUUUAAGUGCCGAAAUGGACGCUGCAUUCCCCAGAGCUGGAAAUGUGACGUUGACGAUGAUUGUGGCGACAACUCUGAUGAACCGUUGGAGGAAUGCAUGGGACGGGAACAUCGAUGUGACAACCACACAGAGUUUGACUGCAAGACCAACUACCGCUGCGUGCCACUGUGGUCUGUUUGCAAUGGCAACAACGACUGCAGGGACAACAGUGACGAGCAGGGCUGUGACGAAGUGACCUGCGAUCCUAACGGAGACUUCCGCUGCGACAACCACCGCUGCAUCCCGCUGAGAUGGAGUUGUGACGGGGACGACGACUGCGGGGACAACUCCGACGAGCGCAGCUGCACUCCUCGCUCCUGCACAGAGAGCGAGUUUCGUUGUGGAAAUCUGCGCUGCAUUCCCGACCGUUGGGUCUGUGACCAUGACAACGACUGUGAGGACAACUCGGAUGAAAGGGACUGUGAGUUGCGGACUUGUCCCCCCGGAUACUUCCAGUGCAGCAGUGGACACUGCAUCACUGAGCGCUUCAAAUGUGACGGCAACGCCGACUGCCUGGACUUCACAGAUGAGACGUUUUGCCCGACCCGCUUUCCCAACGGCACGUACUGCCCCGCGUUCCUGUUUGAGUGCAAGAACCACGUGUGCGUCCAGCCUCAUUGGAAAUGUGACGGAGACAAUGACUGCGGGGACAACUCCGACGAGGAGCUUCACCUCUGCCUGGACAUCCAGUGUGAGGCUCCGUUCCGGUUCCGCUGUGACAACAACCGCUGCAUCUACAGCCACGAGCUGUGCAACUCCGUCGAUGACUGUGGCGACGGCUCUGACGAGAGGCAGGAAAACUGCCAGAGUCCCACUCCUGGGCCGUGUUCAGACGACGAGUACAAAUGCAGCAACGGACAAUGCAUCCCGCUGCAGUACGCCUGUGACGAUUACAAUGACUGCGGAGACCAGUCGGAUGAGCUGGGCUGCCAUCACGGCAGUAGUCACAUGUGCAGCGACAACAUCUGUGAACACAACUGUACUGACCUGACACAGGGAGGCAUCCUCUGCUCGUGCAGACACGGCUUUAAGCCCAGAAUGACAGAAAAGCACACCUGUGAAGAUGUGAAUGAGUGCGAGGUGUACGACACGUGUCCUCAAGAGUGCAAGAACACGAAGGGCAGCUACGAGUGUUUUUGCGCUGACGGGUUUCUUUCCUUCGGUGAGCCGCGCGGGACGGAGUGCGCUGCCCAGGGAAACCCACCGGUGCUGCUGUUGCCAGACAACGUCCGCAUUCGCCGCUUCAACCUGUCGUCCGAGCAGUAUUCGGACUACGUGGACAACGCUGAGCACAUCCAAGCCCUGGACUACCUGUGGGACCCCGAGGGCCAAGGACUCAGUGUGGUGUACUGGACGGUUCUCGGCCGGGGAUCUCAGUUUGGCUCCAUCAAACGCGCCCACAUCACCACAUUCAACGAUAACGGCAACAACCCAGUGAAAGAAGUGGACCUGAACCUGAGAUACAUCGCUAGUCCUGACGGCAUCGCCGUGGACUGGGUCGGCGGGCACAUUUAUUGGACGGAUUCAGGGACCAAUCGAAUCGAAGUGGCCAAGCUAGAUGGGCGGUACAGGAAGUGGUUGAUCCACACAGACCUGGACCAGCCAGCUGCUAUUGUUGUCAAUCCAUCACUUGGGAGGAUGUACUGGACCGACUGGGGCCGGAAGCCCAGAAUAGAAUCAGCGUGGAUGGACGGUCAGCACAGAGAGGUGCUGGUGAAGGAGGAGGACCUGGGCUGGCCUACUGGGCUGGCUCUGGACUACCUCAAUGGAAACAGGAUCUACUGGUGUGACUCCAAAGAAAACAUCAUUGAGUCCAUGAAGCCUGAUGGCACAGACCGAAAUACCGUCAUAUCUGGAGACAUCGGCCAUCCUUACAGUCUGGAUGUGUUCGAGGGGCAUGUGUACUGGACUACAAAAGAUAAAGGUGAAGUGUGGAAGACUAACAAGUUUGGGAAAGGACAUAAGGUCAAAGUGUUAACCAUCAACCCCUGGCUUACUCAAGUCCGCAUCUACCAGGAGCAACGGCACAACCAGUCAGUACCCAACCCUUGUAAGACUGUGUGCAGUCACCUCUGUCUCCUCCGGCCCGGCGGGUACACCUGCGCCUGCCCUCAGGGGUCCUCUCUGGUGCGGUUUGACUCCAGUGAAUGUGAUGCAGCCAUUGAGGCACCUGUUGAAAUGCCCGCUGCAUGUAGAUGCAUGAAUGGUGGAACCUGCUACACUGAUGAAGGCGGUCUGCCCAAGUGCAAAUGUCCGUACGGUUAUGUGGGCAGUUAUUGUGAGGUGGGGAAGUCAAGGGGGGCUCCAGCAGGAACAGCCGUGGCUGUUCUUCUGGCAGUCAUCAUCAUCCUCAUCACUGGAGCUUUGGCUGUCGGGGUUUUCCUCAACUACAAACGAACAGGAUCUUUCAUCCCCCCAAUGCCCAAAUUACCUAACUUCAGCAUCCUGGUGAAGUCCGGAGACAACGGGAACGGUGUCACGUUUCGCUCCGGGGAUAACGUUGACCUGGGACCGCCACACAUCGGAGUGUCUUUCAUUGACUCGGCCAUGCAGAUGGACGAUCAUUUUGCCAUGGAAGCUGGGAGGCAGCCAAUCACAUUUGAGAACCCGUUAUACGCAACAGCACCUGGAUUGUCUGGUGAUCCUGCUGUCAUUCACCCCACACAGGUGACUGUGAAUGUGAGCGGUGAACAGUUGGACAACAGGUUCGUGAACCCGGCGCACCACGGAGGUCCAGAUGUGGCCGUUGUGAACACAUCUUCUGCCAAACCUGUGCAGGAGUCAAAGUGGAGCUUAUUCAAGAAGAAACUAAAGCCAAGCGCCACAUUCGAAAACCCUUCAUAUUCAGAGAUGAAGGACGAGAAGGCCGCAGGCAGCAGAGCGGUCUCCUCUGCCCCCGAGCCCUCUCCGUUUGUCCCCCCCGCCAAACCUCAGAAGACGAAUCGUCCCAGCGCCUUUACGCCAACCGAGGACAGUUUCAAAGACACGGCCAACCUGGUGAAAGCGGACAGCGACGUAUAACCCCCAUCUCUCUCACCGACGGGAAUCGGGACAUAAAAAGAAACACACUUUGCACAGAAUUUAUUUUUUUAUGCAGCCUGUGUACAAACACUCACGUUGUUUUGGGAGAGAGAAAUACAUUUCUAUAGAAUGAAGAUAGAAGUGUGAUGUCACGCCUUCUGACAUUUCUUACGCCAAUUUCUUUUGUGAAUGUUUUUUCUGAUGUACAAUAUGUAUAUCUUUGCACUGAAGCUGCUGAUAGAAAUGUUGAUAAAUAAAUUGUAUAUUUGUAAAUUUGAACAGUACGAUUUUGUCAGAAAAUAUCUUUAAAAUAGAUCCUAUGAGUAGUUCAACAUAAACACAAUUUUAAAAAAAAGCGAGCUGCAUUCGGAAUGUACAGUACUUAUAUGAUUGAUGGUUAUCAAAAGAUGUGUUGAGCAAUGAUAUUGUUUGCCACUGAACAAAACUAAAGAUGUUUCUACUUCAUCUGUUAAGUUUAUAUACCUCAUUUCGGGACUUCAAACUAAACAAAUUGGAUUUGAAGUUAUGGCAUUCCAUUUUUCAAAGAUAUUUGCUCCAGUAAAAAAACAAUAUAAUGAGCUAAAAUAUGUGUGAAGCGUACUUAUUGUACUUAAUCAGACUCAUUAUGUUCCCUGACGUCUUGUGAAUUUGAAUGAUUGUUGAUUGAUUGUUUAACAGUAAUGAUAUUGGAACAAUGGCCCACAUUUCUACCCGAACGUGUCCACGUUUGUUUUGCAUGGAGAUACAUUUCUGCAGUUGAUUAUCUUGAAGAGCAACACAGAUGCUCAUUUUAUAUACACGGUGAAUAAAUUCAAUGAUUUAUUUGUAUCUUAAUGAGCCCAAUAAAAACUGUGUGUGAUCAUUCACCACUUGUCCAUAUGGUUUAAAUUGCUGCUGCUGAGACGUGAAAUGAAUAAAUUUCCUAUUUUGUAA